CAAUCUAGUAGUCGGCCUCCACUCUUUUGUGGAGAUAAUUACUCAUUCUGGAAAGUUAGAAUGAGAAUAUUUCUUCAAGCUCAAGGUAGAGAAAUAUGGAAAUGUAUUGUAAAUGGACCUUAUAUUCCAACAAAAGUGGUUGGUGGAGUAAAGGUCAAAAAGGAAGAAGAAGAGUUUGAUCGUGAAGACGAUAGACUUUAUACUUUAAAUUUAACUGCUAUGAAUUUAUUAUAUAAUGCUCUUAAUGGAAAUGAGUUUAAUAGAAUAAUGAAUUGCGCUACGGCAAAGGAAAUUUGGGAUAACUUGGAAGUAACCUAUGAAGGAACUUCGCAAGUCAAGGAAUCAAAAAUUUAUAUUCUUACUCAUGAAUAUGAAAUGUUUAAGAUGAAUGAUGAUGAAUCUAUUUCUAGUAUGCACACUCGUUUUACUAACAUCAUAAACAGCUUGACAGCUCUUGGCAAAGUUUAUUCCAAGGUGGAGAUAGUAAGAAAAAUUCUCAACUCUUUACCAAAACGUUGGGAAUCAAAAGUUACAGCGAUUCUUGAAGCUAGAGACCUCAAGAAGCUCGAAGUCAAUGAACUCAUCGGGUCACUUAUCACCAUGAAGUCAUCCACAAGAAAAAAUAAGUGGUUUUUAGAUAGUGGAUGUUCAAGACACAUGACGGGAGACAAGACUAAGUUCUUUGAUCUUAGAUCUAAAGAAGAAGGACACGUGACAUUUGGAGACAACUCGAAAGGAAAGAUCGUGGGAAUAGGUAAAAUUGGUAAUGAAUCUUCUCUCAUAAUUGAAGAUGUUCUACUUGUUGAAGGUUUAAAACAUAAUCUUUUGAGCAUAAGUCAAUUAUGUGAUAAAGGAUUUACAGUUACUUUUAAAAUGGAUAAAUGCAUUAUUUUGAAUGAUCAUGAUUGUAAUAUUUGUUUUAUUGCUUUUAGAAACAAUAAUGUUUAUACAAUUGAUUUUGAAGAAAUUACCUCACAAGAUGCUAUUUGCUUGUCAGCUCAAAAUGAAACUAGUUGGUUAUGGCAUAGAAGAUUAGGUCAUGCCAACAUGGAACUUAUUUCCAAACUUUCAAAAAAUGAUCUUGUGAGAGGUUUACCAAAAACAUAUUUUCUUAAAGACAAAAUUUGUGAUGCAUGUCAAUUUGGUAAACAAACAAAAACUUCUUUUAAAACUAAGAAACAUAUUUCCACUACUAGACCAUUGCAACUGAUACACAUGGAUCUUUUUGGACCAAAUAGAGUUGCAAGUCUAGGAGGAAAAUAUUAUGCAUUUGUUAUUGUUGAUGAUUUCUCUAGAUAUACUUGGGUCAUCUUUCUUGCUCAUAAAGAUGAGGCACAUAAUGCCUUUACCAAGUUAUGCAAGAGAAUUCAAAAUGAAAAGGGCUAUACUAUUUCAAGUAUCCGAAGUGAUAGGGGAAAAGAGUUUGUUAAUAAAAAUAUUGAAACAUUUUGUGAUGAAAACGGUUUUAUUCAUAAUUUUUCUGCUCCUCGAACUCCUCAACAAAAUGGGGUAGUAGAGAGGAAAAAUAGAUCUCUUCAAGAGAUGGCAAGAACAAUGCUCAAUGAGAACAACUUGCCUAGUUAUUUUUGGGCCGAAGCGGUAAGUACUGCAUGUUAUGUUAUAAAUAGAGUUAUGUUAAGGUCUAAAUUAGAUAAAACCCCCUAUGAGCUUUGGAAUGAGAAAAAGCCCAACAUUGGUUACUUUCAUGUAUUUGGAUGCAAAUGUUUUAUUUUGAAUGACAGAGAUAAUUUAGGCAAGUUUGAUGCAAAAUCUGAUGAAGGUAUUUUUCUCGGGUAUUCUACUAAUAGUAAAGCUUAUAGAGUAUUCAACAAAAAGACUUUAACUGUACAAGAAUCUAUGCAUGUAGUAUUUGAUGAACAAAUUGAACCCAAAAAUAUUGAUGACGCACUUCUUGAUGAAUCUUGGAUUCUAGCUAUGCAAGAAGAGUUGAAUCAAUUUGAAAGAAAUGAUGUUUGGACACUUGUUCCUAGACCCAAAAAUUAUACUAUUAUUGGAACAAAAUGGGUUUUUAGAAACAAGAAAGAUGAGUCUGGAGUCAUUACUAGAAAUAAGGCUCGACUUGUAGCCCAAGGUUUUAAUCAAGAAGAAGGAAUCGAUUAUGAUGAGACAUAUGCACCUGUCGCAAGAUUAGAAGCUAUUCGAAUGCUACUUGCAUAUGCUUGUUAUAAAGAUUUCAAACUUUUUCAAAUGGAUGUUAAAAGUGCUUUCUUAAAUGGUUUUAUAAAUGAAGAGGUAUAUGUUGAGCAACCUCCAGGUUUUGAAAAUCAUAUUUCCCCAAAUCAUGUUUUCAAACUCACAAAAGCACUAUAUGGACUUAAACAAGCUCCUAGAGCUUGGUACGAGAGACUCAGUGGUUUCUUGAUUGAAAAAGGUUUUUCAAGAGAAAAAAUCGACACAACUCUUUUCAUUAAAUAUGAAAAUGAUGAUAUUCUUUUGAUUCAGAUUUAUGUUGAUGAUAUAAUAUUCGGUGCUACUAAUGAAAAUAUGUGUCAAGUUUUUGCUAAGACUAUGCAGGAAGAAUUUGAGAUGAGCAUGAUGGGUGAACUUACAUUCUUUCUCGGAUUGCAAAUUAAGCAAGCAAAAAGUGGGACAUUCAUCAAUCAAUCAAAAUAUAUUAAGGAAUUACUGAAGAAGUUUGGGAUGGAAAAUGCUAAGGAAAUUGGAACACCAAUGAGCCCAUCAACUAAACUUGAUAAAGAUGAAUCCGGUAAGCCAGUUGACUCGAAGAUAUAUCGAGGUAUGAUUGGUAGCUUAUUAUAUUUAACAGCCAGUAGACCAGAUAUUAUGUUUAGUGUGUGCUUAUGUGCACGUUUUCAAUCAUCUCCAAAAGAAUCACAUUUAAUUGCAGUUAAGCGCAUUCUUAGAUAUCUUAGUGGUACAAUUAACCUAGGGUUAUGGUACCCUAAGCACACAUCUUUCGAUUUAAUCAGCUACACAGAUGCAGAUUAUGCUGGCUGUAAAAUAGAUCGAAAAAGCACUAGUGGAGCAUGCCAUUUCUUAGGUCAUGCAUUAGUUUCCUGGUUUAGUAAAAAACAAAAUUCUGUUGCACUAUCUACUACUGAGGCAGAAUAUGUUGCUGCGGGUAGUUGUUGUGCUCAAGUUCUCUACAUGAAGCAACAACUUGAAGAUUUUAAACUCAUGUAUAAUCACAUUCCAAUCAAAUGUGAUAAUACAAGUGCUAUAAAUCUUUCAAAGAACCCAAUACAACAUUCUAGAACUAAGCAUAUUGAAAUAAGGUAUCAUUUUCUUCGAGAUCAUGUGCAAAAAGGUGAUAUAAUGUUAGAGUUCACAAACACACACGAUCAGUUAGCAGAUAUUUUCACAAAA